AAACUUAAAAAGGCAAGAGCAUCAAUUACAAUUGAAAAUCUUGAGAUGGAGAGAACGAGGUUUAGAGCGAGAGGAGCGGCGACAGGGGAAGCUAGCGGCACCAGACAGCGGCAAGGGCACAGGCGUUGGAUUCCAGGAUUGGAUCACAAGAUUUCGGGGCAAGCUACGACUUUCUUCAUUUAUAAUUUCCCAGAAAACGUGGAGGCGAAAGAUCUAUGGUACAGGUUUCAGAUGUAUGGAAAAGUGGUAGAUGUUUUUGUGCCAAAGAAACGCGACAAGUGGGGGAAGAGGUUUGGCUUUCUACGUCUACUGGGAGUACAGAAUGUAAGUCAAAUGGUGAGGAGGCUGAAUGAAAUCUGGAUAGACUCAUACAAGUUGAGAGUAAAAACAACAGAGGAUAGAAGUAAAGAGAGAGUCAAAGGAACAGUUACAAGGGGUAGAACACAGCACAGAGUUGACAGAUUGGUAAAACCAGGGCAGUCAUACGCUCAGGUGGUAAAGGGGAAGGAACAGAGGACACAAAGCUUACCGACUGCUGUAGAAACACUGGGAGGAGAGGACAGAGUUUCAACUCAUCUGAAGAAAGGGACAAUCCAGACGAGGCAUCAAAACGAGAAGGAGGAAGUGGAAUCCUGUCAAAUCCUAAAACCCAAACGAAGUAGGGAGAAGGUUAGGGAAGCUGAAUCUCAGGAGGAAUGUAUGGAAUUCACACCAACACAGGAAGAGCUAAAAUGGCUUGAAGGGGGUAUGGUGGCCAUUCUGAAAUCCCUUUCAUUAAUAACCGAUAUUCAACGAAGAUUUGAUGUGGAUGGGGGGCUGAUUACUGUAUCACCAAUAGGCGGAAGAAGAGUGCUGCUAACGGAAAAAAAAACAGGGUAUUUGAUUGAGUUUAUGAAUCUCAACAAAGAGCUGUUUGAUUUGUGGUUUGAAGUCAUUAAACCAUGGGACAAGGAAGUUCAGGAACGGAGCAGAUUAGUUUGGCUUCGUAUAGCUGGAAUUCCAUUAAAGGCAUGGUCUGACAGAUGCUUUAAAAUGAUCGGAGAAUCCAUGGGCGAGGUGGUGAUGAUACAUGGUGACACAAAGAUGAAGUCAAUCUUGUGUGAAGGGAGAAUAUUAGUUAUAAGUUCUGCAGAGCAUAAGAUCGUUAAACAAGUUUCUCUGAAGGUGGAAGAGCAGAUGUAUGAAAUACAAGUGAUUGAGGAAGAAUGGCGCUCCGACCCAGACUGGUGGCUCUCAGAUGAUGAUCGGCAAAGUGAGUCGACAACGGAAUCGGAAUUCUCAUCCGAUCAAAAUGAGGAAGAUCAAGAUUUCGGUAAUGCAGAGAUUUGUUCAGAAGAUGACGUGCGCAUGGAUGAGGAGCAUUUAAUGCAUGACAGUCUUUCGAAUUCAAAUUUCAAAAGUUCAGAGGAAGGAAAGACAAGCUGGCAUGCAGAAGAAGGAGACACGGACAUAGAAGAUGGUGCGAGUGGGCCGUCCAAGACAAAUGGGCCGCUGGAGGGUAAAGAAAUUGGACUAAGGAGCAAGAGUGGGCUUAGAGGGGAAUAUAAACAAGAAGAGAUAAAGAGAAGUAAAACAAGAGGGCCCGAGGAGGUUUUUGGAAGAGAGUCAGCCACCGACCGAGAGACUGCAAUUAGGGGUUCGAGGAGGACGCGGAGAAGGAAAAUAGAAGACUGCUACCCAGAGAGCUUUGUGGAGAUCCGGGCAAAAGAGACACACAGAGAAGUCUCAAAAACAAAGCUGAGUCAGCAACAAAGAGAUGGAACUCAAUCGAGUACAAUGAGCAAGGUAAUUCCGGUUGUUAGUGAUUCCCUUUCUGAUGGAUGUAUAAUAAAUAGAAAUAGGUUGAUUCAUAGUGAGAUGGCCUUGCAUGAGGUGAGGACGAUGAUGAGCAUGGGUAAGAGAUUGGGCAUUCAAAUUCAAAAUAAUGAGGAGGAAGUGCAGUCCCGAUUGAUGGAAUUGGAGAUGAGGGAGGCUGCAGGGGAAGGCUUGGGUAGUGUAUUGAAGAGAAAGGAAGUGGGUAAACUAGUGAGAAUAGAACAACCGGAUUUCCUAUUUCUGCAAGAAACUAAGCUAGAAACAGGGGAUGAUGAUUUAUGCAGAACGAUGUGGAAUUCAAACGAGAUGGACUGGGUGAUGAAGGAGUCGAUAGGAGCUUCGGGUGGCUUGUUAUGUAUCUGGAAUAAGAAAAAUUUUGAUAAGACAAAAGUUUCUACGGGUGAUGGUUAUCUGAGAAUAACAGGGGAGUGGGGACUAGAUAAGGUGAAAUGUAAUCUAGUGAAUGUGUAUGGCCCAAAUGAUAGACAGAAAAGGUUAAAGUUGUGGGUGGAGUUAGAGCACAUGAUCAUUGAAGAGGGAGGGAGAUGGUUGCUAGCGGGAGACUUUAAUGCCGUUAGAUGUCUUGAAGAAAGAAAGGGAAGAACUGGAGAGAACCCAGAUAUGAAGAAAUUUGAUGAAUUUAUCCUGGCAGCAGGUUUAAUUGAUAUUAAAAUGGUGAAUAGGAAGUUUACUUGGUACAGGCCAGAUGGUACAGCCAUGAGCAGACUUGAUAGAUUCUUGAUGAAUGCAGAGAUGUGCAGUAUGGGCGGAAAUUGGGUGCAACAAGGCUUGAAACGUAAUAUCUCUGAUCAUUGUGCAAUCGUAUUGAAUUCAAAAACAUCUGAUUGGGGACCAAAGCCAUUUCGAGUUCUAGAUGCAUGGCAGCUUCACCCAGAUUUCAAGAAGGUAAUUGAAGAAAAGUGGAGCGAAAUGGAAGUUGAUGGAUUCGCAGGAUAUAAAUGUAAACAGAAGUUAAAAGAGCUAAAAGCUUUUUUAAAGGGUUGGAAUAAGGAGGUGUUUGGUAAUAUGGAAGCUCAGUAUGAACAAGCUGCCAAACAGAUAGAGCAAAUUGAUAUGAAGAAUGAGGAGAUUGAUCUGGACGAAUUUGAGACUAUCCAAAGACAGGAAGGUUUUCAGAAAUUGUGGGAUAUCAUAAAGAGGAGAGAAAUGAUAUGGAAACAGAAAUCAAGAAGCAAUUGGGUGCGUGCGGGAGAUGCAAACACGCGAUUCUUCCAUAGAGUAGCAAAUGGUAGAAAGGCCCAAAAUAAUAUCACAGGUCUAAUGCGUGAUGGUGUUUGGGUGGAAGAACCAGAACAGGUUAAGAAAGAGGUGUACAAUUAUUUCAGCAAGUUAUUCCAAGGAGACACAUGGAAUAGACCAAAGCCUUGCGGGGUUAGCUUCAAACAGAUUUCUACAGAGGAAAAACAAUGGCUUGAACGACCAUUCUCCAUUGAAGAAAUCGAGGAAGGGUUACGAAGCUGUGAAGGAUCUAAAGCUCCGGGACCGGACGGGUACAAUUUUAAUUUCCUUAAGUUUGCUUGGGAUAGUUUAAAGGAAGAUUUUAUGAGUUUCUUUGCAGAGUUUCACAAGAAUGGUAGAUUAGUUAGUGGGCUGAAUUCAUCUUUCCUAGCUCUAAUUCCUAAGAAGUUCAAUUCUAUGGAAUUAAAGGAUUAUAGACCCAUUAGCUUGAUUGGGUGUGUUUAUAAACUGUUAGCAAAAGUGCUGGCCAAUAGAAUUAAAGCCGUGAUGCCGGGGAUUAUCAGUGAAACGCAAUCUGCUUUCUUGAGAGGACGUCAAUUAGUCGAUGGAGUGUUAGUGUUGAAUGAGGUCGUGGAGGAAGUUAAGAGAAGGAAGCAGUCGGCUUUUGUUUUCAAGGCUGAUUUCGCAAAGGCAUAUGAUUGUGUGGAUUGGUCAUUCUUGGAAUGGAUGAUGGAUCGCAUGGGUUUUGGAAUCAAAUGGAGAGGUUGGAUUAUGGAAUGCUUGUCGACUUCUAAGAUUUCGGUUCUAGUUAAUGGAAGCCCGACGGAGGAGUUCAAGGUUGGAAAGGGAUUACGGCAAGGGGAUCCGCUAUCCCCAUUCUUGUUCUUGAUGAUUGGGGAGGGAUUAAAUGGAGUGGUUCAGAAAGCAGUGUCAGAGGGUAUGUUCCAAGGUAUAGAGAUUGGCAGGAAGGGGUUAACAGUUUCUCUACUUCAAUUCGCGGACGAUACAGUCAUUAUGGGAAAGGCUGACAUAGAGAAUAUAACCCUGGUUAAAACAAUUCUGCGAUGGUUUGAACUGAUGUCUGGGCUACAGAUUAAUUUCAGCAAGAGCUACAUUUAUGGAUAUAAUGUUCCAACAAAAUGGAUAGAAGGAUCAGCAAGUAUGUUGCGAUGUGGAGUCGGAAAAUCACCUAUUAUUUAUCUGGGAAUGCCUGUGGAUGGAAAUCCAGGGAGUAGGAAACUAUGGGAACCGGUGAUAAAAAAAUUUCGUGCUAAACUUGCUGUCUGGAAAGCUGCUUCGCUGUCCUUCGGUGGCCGCCUCACUUUGCUUAACUCGGAUUUGCGUAGGAAAAAUUGGGCUCUAUUGGGGAAAUGGUGGCAUAGAUUUGGGGUCGGGGUAGAGAGCCUAUGGAAAAGGGUACUAACAGAAAAAUAUUACGAGGGCAAUUGGAAGGAGGCGGAUAUUAAGGCUAUUGGGAACUGGAGAGUUUCUAAGCUUUGGAGAGAUAUUAUUAGAAUAGGGGGGCAGUCGAUGAGGUUACAUAAUAUGUUGGUAGAGGGAUUUAGAUGGGAAGUGGGUGAAGGAAAUCGGGUGAGUUUUUGGAGAGAGUGGUGGAUAGGGGGGAAAAACUUAAGAGAUCUUUACCCGAGAUUGUACGCACUGUCUAGGAAUAAGGAGGGUAAUAUCUGUGAAAUGGGGGUAUGGGAAGGGGAUAAAUGGUGCUGGAAUCUGGAAUGGAGGAGGGGGAGAAUAGGAAGAGAGAAGGACGAGGAGGAGGCACUGUGGGAGAAGUUGGGUAUCUUGCAAUUAAAGAAGGGUGUUGAAGAUCGUUGGAGGUGGAUUCAUGAUUCAGAUGGUAGUUAUAUGGUGAAGAAGGCUUAUGAAUUUUUGGCUCCUUCGGAGGGUAUCUUAGAGGAACAGUUGAGCAAGGUUAUUUGGUGCAGAUUAGUACCAUCCAAAGUGUCUUUCUUUGGAUGGCGUUUAUGUCUUGAUAGGCUCCCAACUAAGUGGAACAUUAGAAAGCGAGGAGUGCAUUUACAGGAAGAGGAAUUAACGUGUGUUUUGUGCCAUAACAUGAUUGAGGAGGCUAACCAUUUAUUUAGUAUGUGUAAGGAAGCAUGGAUUAUGUGGACAGAGGUGCUGCAGUGGUGGAACAUGAAGACGGUUACGCCAAAUAGCGUACGAGGAGUGGCAAACAUCUUUGUAUAUGAUUUGGGUAGGGUAGUAGGGAAGGAGAUCGGCGCUUGUAUCUUUCUAGUUGUAUCAUGGUAUUUAUGGUAUUGGAGAAAUGGUAAGGUAUUUGGUAAUGAAGCUAUCAGCAGGGGAAGACUUCUAAAUAUGAUUCAAGCUAAAUCAUUUUUGUGGAUCAAGAAUAAGGUAAAUGGCUGUGUCUUUUCGUUUAAUGAGUGGAAGGAUAACCCUGUAGCGUGUGCUCUGUCAAUGAGAAGUUACAAACAAGCAAUGAAAUUGUUCCAUAAACAACAAAAAAAAGGUAACACUGCAGAUCGGAGUGCAAGCUGAAAUUUGUUUGAGACAUAAAGGCUCCAUUGAGUAGGUAUUUCUCUGUAGCGUGUUGGGUAAACUGUUGUAAAUACAUGCUCAACAAUUCUGCGUGUCAGUAGAUUUGAAAUGUGAAAGUUUUUGAUGUUCAGAACAGGGAGCAUUGUAAAAUCUGUAAAGGAGGUCAUAAGCUCGACACGGGUAUAGUGUCGACACUUUAUGUGGGUGUCGACACUAUUAGGCAGCUAGUCCUCUUUUGUACAUUUAUGUCUCCCAACUAUUGAUGUUUAAGGGUUUGGGGUACCCCUUGUACUCUAUAUAUCAAUAAAUAUCAUUAUUUG